GCACUCUCGCUCCGGGUGGGGCCGGGGCAGGACUAAGUGGGCGCGCGCAGCGGGCCCCUCGCGGUGCGCAUGCGCCGCGCCAGAAAAGUUCCGACGUGAUUAGUGGGCGCCUCUAUGAGCGCGGGAAGAUGGCCGAACAGGUGACCAAGUCAGUGCUGUUCGUGUGUCUGGGUAACAUCUGUCGAUCACCCAUCGCAGAAGCAGUUUUCAGGAAACUUGUAACUGAUCAAAACAUUUCAGAUACUUGGAGGAUAGACAGUGCAGCAACGUCCACGUAUGAACUAGGAAACCCUCCUGAUUAUCGGGGGCAGGCUUGCAUGAAGAAGCAUGGUAUCCCCAUGAGUCACGUUGCCCGGCAGGUUACCAAAGAAGAUUUUGCCACUUUUGAUUAUAUGCUAUGUAUGGAUGAAAGCAACCUGAGAGAUUUGAAUAGGAAAAGUAAUCAAGUUAGAAACUGCAGAGCGAAAAUCGAACUGCUUGGGAGCUACGACCCACAGAAACAGUUCAUCAUUGAAGACCCUUAUUAUGGAAAUGACGCUGACUUUGAGGCCGUCUACCAGCAGUGUGUGCGGUGCUGCAGAGCCUUCCUGGAGAAGGUUCGCUGACCCGGGCCCAGUCCUGCUGCGGCCCAGGCUCCUCCCCGCGGGCCCGCGUUCUCAGGUGUCACAGUGUCGCCAUUCCCUAGCCAGGGCCGCAGCCCUUUCUUCAGUUGACUCACUGUUUCUUACCUUAAAAAAUAAUUGUAGAUGGAAAUCAGUUGUUGCGUUUGGUGGAAGAACAAAUAAAAAAUUUUGAUUCAGACA